AUGGAUCUGUCCCAGGACCAGCCGUCAGACUGGAGCUCCGUCCAGCCGAGCUUCUCUCCUCUGCUGCAGCACGGUGGCUCUCAGGAAAGACUUAACCACACCUACAGCUUUCAUAGCUCGAUAAUUUUGCCCUCCACUUUCAGUUCCCCCACUGCCUCUCUCCAUCAACCUCUGCCCUCGCCCCUCAUCCCUUUCUCCUCCUUCAUCUCCUCCUCCCCUUUAUCCUCCACCACCUCGACCUCAUCCUCUCAGCAGACCUCCUCUUUUGUCUACCAGCGUUCCUCCUCCUUCCCUUUGUCCCUGCCCACCUUUUACUAUAAUGACUUGGCCGACCUGGAGAGCAUGCUGCUCUGGACUCUCAAUGAGCCAAGUACGAUUGCUCUGACCAUCAUGUACUGUCUGUCUUUCAUUUUGGGAUUCAUUGGGAAUUUAAUGUCCCUGCGCGUCCUCACCCACAGGCGGAGCCGGCGGCUAGCUGGUGUCAGCGCCACGCGCAGUCUCCUGGUGAACCUGGCGGUGUGUGACCUGGCUGUGGUGUGUGUGUGCAUGCCGAUCACCCUGGGGAGCCAGAUCUACACCGCCUGGGUCUACGGUGACCUCCUUUGUCGAGCAGUGCCCUUUACACAGGCUGUGUCGGUCUCAGCCAGCGUGUUAACGCUGACUGUGAUCAGUGUGAAUCGCUACUACAGUGUCCGAUCACCACUGCGAGCUCGCUCCAUGUUUACCCGCCGUCGAAUCUUGGCAACCGUUGCAGUGGUGUGGGCAGUGUCCUCGGUCAUGUGCGCUCCCAUUGCUGUGAUGAACCGGCGGCGUGAGAUCAGCUUUGGGACGUUUGCCAUCUUGGUCUGUGAAGAGAAGUGGCCUCAGCAUCGCCUUAAACAGGGAUACAAUGUGCUGCUGUUUGUGAUGCUCUACUGCCUGCCAGUGACCUUUAACCUCACCAUAGGCUUCCUCACUGGCAGGCGACUUUGGGGAGGCAGAAAAUCCACUUUCGCUGAUCUGGAUCCUCGCAGCGAAGCCCUGCACGCCUCCCGCCUCAAAAUGCGGCAAAAGAUCGCCAAGAUGGUUGUGUGUCUUGUGCUGCUGUUUGCCGUGUCCUGGCUGCCGCUCUACUUGGUUGACCUUUGGAUCGACUGCGAGCAAAGGCCACCGUCUUGGCUCCUGCAGACGCGCCCGUUUGCCCAGUGGCUGGGCCUGACAAACUCCAGCCUUAACCCCAUCUGUUACUGUUUCAUAGGGGAUCUGUACCGCUCAGCGAAGGUGAUACGGACACGAUACUACCAGAAAGUGGCGUCUUUCUUCGGCUCCUCCUCGUUCACCAGCUCAGUUGCAGUGGCGUCUCCUGCCUCAGUGAUUACAGACAGCAAAGUGACUGCUGCCGAGCGCAACCAUAUUGCUGCCGCUGCCGUGGCUGCGUCUGCCUCCAUCGUUACAAUCCCCAGGCUGUUGAGCUUGGCUAGAGGCCAGGGACUGGGGCAGAAGGUCGGAGACAGUUCAGACAGCCGAGCGGGAUCCGACCACAGUAUCUCAGACUGGUGUCGCUCCAGUCCCAGCGUGUGUGACGGCUCCUUGUUCCCCUGCCAACUCCACAUGCUCCAGCACUCCAUACAGGGAGAAGACUUCCUGCCCACAAGGAGACACUCCAUGAAUGAGAACGCGGGAUCAUUACCUUUAAGAAACGAGUUUGUGAAAAUAGACGUGGUAGCUUUGAGGAGGCAUUCCGGGGACAGAAUGUAUAGUCUGUCAGCUGAUAAGAGAGACAUCAUUACCAUGGGUGGGGACGCUGUUUGUUACAGUGGGCAGCACAGAGGCAAAGCAUCACAACCCUUCUCUCCGGUAGGAGAAAGGGAGGAAGAAACGACUGAUAUAACCAGUCUGUGAGCGCUGCAGAUUAUCUGAAGUAUCAGCAGGGAGGAUGUUUUUCUUUUGUGUCCCCAAGGCAGAAAAAACACACACAGCUCCUGAUUCAGUUUGCAGUUGACAGGGUGGGUUAAUGCCUUGCAAAAGCCAUUGUUUGUCUUGAGGAUAAACUGGCCUGGUCUACACACUCGUUCUUUGUCUGUGUAGUAUUCUUUCAGUGUCAUCAAAGCACAGGGGAUCCAGGAUCGUCAUUUGCACCGACAAAUUCAGGUUUUUGAAGGCAAACGGAGGGAGCAGUGAUGGAGCGAAAGCCUGCAGGGGAGGAGUCGCGGGUUAUUUAGCCUCGGGCUAGAAAGCCAGCUAUCAGUAAGAAUCGCUGAUUGAAGUAGUGUGCCAUUACAUGCAAGUCAUAUCAUAAGUGAUUCAGCUGCUAGUCCCAGUAGAGUCUAACAUCUGCUCGAGACCAUAUCCCAGCAGGACGUAUCUGUGUGAUAAUUUUUUCUUUAUUUUAUUGCUUUGCUAAUGUUGGAACAAACUAUAUCAGAGUUUCUGAACGGUCUUGACAGGUUAAUGUCACCAUCACUGUCUGCAGUCUGUGAAAGAUUUAUUCAGCAGCUCCUGUGUACAGUUAUACAGGUGAUUUGCAGGGAUUAUAAAAUAAACUGCAUAUAAAGCAGGAAAUCUAAAACUCACAACACAACGAAUGGUUUUGUUUCCCACUUAACAUCUCUGUGAUAUUGCCAUAAGGUAUAAAAAACCUUUUCAAAUUAAUCAGAUAGAAAUAUGCCAAAAACAUGUAGGCUUACUUAAUUCAGAGGAUAUUUAAAGGGUCAGUUCACCUAAUAAAAACAACAAAAACUUGUUUUCUCAUAUGCCUCGAGUGGUUUCCAACCAUGGAGAUAGUUUUGGUAUAAUAUGGCGUGGUGCUGAGACGCCACAUAAACAUUUCAUUGUUUACGGUGCUGGGAGAAGUCAAUAAUUACAUUUAAAAAAAAAUCAAUUGCAAUGUGUCCAUCCAGAAUCAGUGUCUCAUCCUGAUGAUGAGCUGCUGUUUUCUUUCUCACCUCAUCAUUCAAUAUGACAGUGGUCACGUAAGCAAGUUUCUGCUGGGUGGGUUGAUGGGUGUGAGGGUCGUUUUGCCCGAACCAAUCAAUGCAGUUGUCAUUUUCAGUCAUCAGAGGAGUGGUUGGAAGGAACAAUUCAUCUUUUUCCUGCAGAUGGUAUCUGGUAUACAAGGUAUGACCAGCUUUUAUUUUGGUGUUAUACAGUAUUUAAACCUAUUGGCCAAAAAGCCACUGGACUGGAGCAGUGGUGGAAUGUAACUGAGUACAUUUACUCAAAUAUUGUACUUAAGUACAAUUUUGAGGUUCUUGUACUUUAAUUGAGUAUUUUUUUAUUUUAUGUGACUUUAUACUUCUACUUCACUACAUAUUGAGGCAAAUAUUGUACUUUUUACUCCACUACAUUUAGCUUCCAGCUUUAGUUACUUUUUGGGUCAAGAUUUAACAUGAAAACAUGAUAAAUUUAAAAUGAUUAGACAUGUAGUUUUAAAUGAUACCUCAUAACAGUAUAUGAGGAAGUUAAAAUGAGCCCUGUCUUUACAAAAUUAAAACGCACCUUACAAAAAUGCAUCAUUACAAAUGAUCUAUAUGAUAUAUUUCAAAUAUAUAAAACAUCCAUUUUGCAUAAGGAGUACUUUUACUUUUGAUACUUUAAGUACAUUUUGAUGCCGAUACUUUUGUACUUUUACUUCAGUAAGUUUUGAAUGCAGGACUUUUACUUGUAGUGGAGUAAUUGUGCAGUGUGGUAUUAGUAAUUUUACUUAAGUAAAGGAUCUGAAUACUUUUUCCACCACUGGUAUUGUCUAUAGAGUACACCCACUUCCCCCUUGUAGUACAACCAGCUUUUCUUUCUGUCACCAAAACACAUUUUGUUGCAUUUCCACAGAAGAAAUCUGUGAAUCCAAUUGAUUUGAAUAUUUUUAAUCCUGCAUUGUAACAUACAUGUUUAUCUGACAUCAUUUUCUUGCCCAGUGUCAGCCUGUGAUACCAUCAGCAGGAAUGUUAACAGCAUGGCAAAAGCACCAUUUUCUCCUAAACUCUACAACAAAACAAAUCAAUAAUGUUUUUUCCUGGAUUAGAGUCAAUUGUUUUUUUGAAAGGGUCUCAGUUUGGUUCAGUUUAAAUUCCAAAACUACCUGGUUGUGUAUAUUAAGAUUUUAAUAUUAAGAUGAAUUACUUUAUUAAUCCCGCAAUGGGGAAAUUCAACCUUUUUUUUUAAAAACACACAAGUGAACACACCAUGCAAGGAGCAGUGGGCAGCACAUUACUGUGCCCGCUGUGUGGGGUGGUUAGGUGCCUUGCUCAAGGGUACUUCAGUCCUUGAACUGUCAGUCCUGGGACUUGAUCCUACGGUUACAAGCCCAAUUCCUAACGUCUAAACCACGGACUGCCCAAGAUUAUGAUCAAAAAAGAUAAAAAAAAAAAAAAAAAGAUCAUGGUUUGGCUACGUUAAUUUUCUAGAUUAAGGCAACAAAACUACAUGGUACAUUUUAGUAAAAGAUACUGGUUUGGGCUAAAAAUGUAUAUGUUUGUUAAAUAAAUAGCUCAACAUUGACAUUUGGUAAACAGCAGUCUCCUGGGUGAAAGUCCUGUGUUCUUUAAACCAUCUAACCGCCUCCAUUAGCGAUCAAAUACUUUGAUUUGACACGUUUUUGUGAUACGAGAACAAAUCUAAUCUGGGAGAACGUAACUUUCCCUUGCAACAUAAUUGACAAUGCAGUUGAGUUGGGAAUAUCAUUUCUAAGUAGGACAGGCUGUGCCAACAUGUGGCAUAAGUUGACUGUUCCAAUUUAUCAAAACUUAUCGUCUAAUUUUCUGGCUGUGACACAGGAAGAUGAGCCAUUCUUUUCCCAUUCAUUAUCUCCAUACAAAUGUGUGAUUGGCUCAGUUUUCCAAUCAGGGAAACAACUGUCAGCAUACGAAAUCACCAGCCUUAUUUAAACUGCUUAGCAGGUCAGGGAUGUGGAUCUAACAUCUCAGCAGUGGUGGAAGAAGUAUUCAGAUUCCUUACUUAAGUAAAAGUACUAAUACCACACUGUAAAAUUACUCCACUACAAGUAAAAGUCCUGCAUUCAAAACUUACUGAAGUAAAAGUACAAAUGUAUCAGCAUCAACAUGUACUUAAAGUAUCAAAAGUAAAAGUACUCGUUAUGCAGAAUUGUUAAAUAUAUAUUAAA